AUGAAUAGGUGAAUUUUCCCCAGAGAUUUUCUUUCAGUUUUUGAUCUGGAUAAAUGUUGUUGUGACAGAUUUGAAUUAUUCUCAUUUUGCAAAUCCAAUGUGUGAGGCUUUUUGGGUUUUUUAAAAACCUGAAUGGGAGCAGGAUAUUUGCUAGAAUUGUGGUUUUCUGGCCUAUAUAAAGUGCUUUGUGAAAAUAUUCUUUUUCCAGUCACAGAAGAGGAGCCUACUCGUGCCCCUGUGAAUGAGCGAUAUGUGGUGGUUACUUCUAUCUCCCCCUCCGUGAGUGAACAAAACCAUUGGAAAAUCCUUAUUUUUGCCAAAAACCCACCCUUCGUUAGCAAACGAAAAAUUUUUAUGAAAAAAAUUUGAUUAUCUUUUGAACAAAUUACAUUUUAAAAAAAUUUUUUGCAAAUUAAAUAAAUAUUUGCUUUCAAUUUUUGCAAAUUGGAUUUUUGAAAAAAAAUUACGACAAAUAUUAUAUAAAAAUUUCAAAAAAAAAUUACGUGAAUGAAAAAAAUUUUUUUGUUCGCUAUGGGGCGGGGGGAGUAAGAACCCUGUGCUUUGGCCUAUGAAAGUGCAAUUGGCUUUGGUCAACUGAAAAAUUAAUUACUUGAGUCAUAUUUAA